ACGUCUGCAAUGUAAAUAGCGGCAACAAAUGUAUCCAAUCGGAGUUUUACUCGUUCUGAGAAUAACACUGCAUGAUGUUGCAGCUAUUGUUGUACCGGUAGAACAAGGGUUGUUAGAAGGAGAUCAAAAAUGGACCAUCACGGGAAAUACAUUAUACAAUAGUUUCAAAGGUGUUCCGUAUGCAGCCCCACCUAUUGGCAAAUUGAGAUUUAAGGGUCCUCAACCUGCAUUACCAUGGAAAGGAAUACGAAAUGCUACAGAACAUGGCAAUGUUUGUCCUCAAGUGGAUCUUAUCGCAAACAAAUUUAUACCUGGAAGCGAAGAUUGCCUCUUCUUAAAUAUUUACACUCCAAGCAUGUCUCCAUCUUCUCUUUUACCAGUCAUGUUUUUUAUUCAUGGCGGUGGGUAUGCAUUUGGCUCUGGCAAUGAUGAGGACUAUGCACCUGAUUUUCUUAUCGACGAAAAUGUAAUUGUGGUCACAAUCAAUUAUAGACUUGAUUCUCUCGGGUUUCUUUGCUUAGAUUCAGAAGAAGUGCCCGGAAAUGCAGGUAUGAAAGACCAAGUGGCUGCUUUAAGAUGGGUUCAUAGAAAUAUAGAUAAAUUCGGCGGUGAUCCAAACCAAGUUACUAUCUUUGGUCAAAGUGCGGGCGGGGCGUCUUGUACUUUACACGCUCUGUCACCAAUGUCUAAAGGACUAUUUCGUAGAGUCAUAGCAAUGAGUGGAGUGCCAAUAAGUGAAUUCUCGAUUGAAUUCGAACCAAAACAGAGAGCGUUGGUACUUGGUCAAAUACUUGGCUACGAGACCACAAACACUACAGCACUUUUACAAUUUCUGCAAAAUGUGCCUGUUAAUCAAUUGGUUGGCACUAAUUCGUCUGUCAUAGCAAUCGAAGAUUAUAUCAGUAUUGUCAUGAAGGGAUAUUUUGUUCCAGUUGUGGAAAAAGACUUUGGUCAAGAACGGUUUUUGAUAGAGGCACCUGAUGAUUCGGUUCGUAAUAAACGAACACAUAAUGUAGAUAUCUUAUUAGGCUAUACAACUGCGGAAGCAGUGGUUGCUAUUUUUAAAUUUGAAACUUCUGAUACGAUUGAAAAUUAUAAUAGAUACAAAGAAGCUUUAGUGCCGAGAAAUGUUAUUCAGCAAAGCACACCAAAAACUGUUUCAAGAUUAGCAGAUUUAAUCAAAGAAUAUUAUUCCGGAUCACAACCUUUGUCUAAGAAAACGAUGCCACAGUUUGUGAAAUUUGCUACAGAUAUUUAUAAUUAUGAUGUUAUUAGAUAUGCGAGGCAUUUAUCUAAUUUUACUGAUAACAAAAUUUACAUGUAUCAGUUCUCAUGUAUGUCUGAACGGAAUAUUUUAAGCAAACAAGGCAUUAAAUACGGAAUCAAUGGAGUUGCACACAUAGAUGAUCUUAUGUAUGUGUUCAAUGCGAAAAAAUAUAAUUUACCAAUUGACAAGAAUGCUUCUUCCUACAAAAUGAUUCGCAAUAUGUGCACAUUACUGACUAAUUUCGCAAAAUUGGGGAAUCCGACGCCUGAUUUAACACUCGAUGUAAAGUGGCCCGAAUACAAUAAAGAUUCCCAAAUAUACAUGGAAAUUGGAGAAGAAUUAAUUGUCGGCACAGAUCCAAACGCUUCUAUGAUGAACUUUUGGGAAAGCAUUUAUGAACAAGCUGGUCUACCAUUUUAAAAUAAAACUUAUACGUUA